GAUGUAAUUUUUUUCCCAUUUGCUGUUAAACAUCAACUGAUAGGCAGAGAGCUAGAAGCUGCCCUCCCCAUUUAAGAUAAUGGCAAAAAUAUCAGGCACUUAGUGUUACCAUACCAGGGGUGUGGCGAUUCUUUUUCCUUCUCUUCUCUCUCUCCCCCUCUCGUGAUAAACUCAAUGGGGUUGUCUAUUUUUAACCUCCUGUUCUUUCCUUUUGGCAGAGUAAUCAGUAUGAGCUGAGCUCUUCCCCUGAAUGAAUCCAAGUAACCCCAGUGACUGCCUUCUGAAAUGACCAGCAGACACACAUCUGUCCAGAGGCUGUCCAGAGUAUAAAUUCUGGUUCUAACGUGCCAUGUCCAGCCAAGGAAGUCCUGAUGUGGAGUUUUCGACGACAACAGUCAGUUCAGUAGCUGUUCAGGCUGGGGACUCCAAAAUCGUGAUAGCUGUCGUAAAGUGUGGCAAGUGGGUGCAACUUCAGUUGGCUGAAUCACAGCCCAAUCUUCUAGAAAUUGGUAGCAGUCAAGAUGAGACCAAAAAGCUUCUUCAUGAUCAUGAACUUCUUUUGGGCAAGCUCAAGGCUUUGGAAGAUCAGGUAUGGGAACUCUUGCAGGAGGCAGACAAGACAGCUGAAGAGAACAAGGAUCGGAGUCAGGUGUAUGAUGCCAUGGCCAACACCUUGGGUGAAGCAUGGGCAGCCCUUGUCUCUAUGCUUGAAAGAAGAAGGGAGCUCCUCAGGUUGACUUCAGAAUUUUUUGAAAAUGCCUUGGAGUUUGCUAUUAAAAUAGACCAAGCUGAAGAUUUCCUCCAGAACACCCAGGAAUUUGAGAGUGCCGAGUCUUUAAAAUCACUUCUUCAGCUUCACGAACAUCAUACCAAAGAACUCUUAGAACGAUCUCUAGCCCUUUUAAACAAAAGUCAACAGCUCACUGAUUUCAUAGAAAAAUUCAAGUGUGAUGGACCUAAUGUGAAUCCUGAGUUGAUUCAGGGAGCUCAUAACAGCUGUUUGAAGAUUGACAACCUUCUUGAGCUUCUCCAAGACAGGAGACGGCAAAUCGACAAGGACCUGAAGCAACAACAACAAGAACUGCGUCAGGUUCUGCAGAUAUGUCAGUGGGACCAGCAAGAAAAUCAGGUUACGUGUUGGUUUCAGAAAACCUUAAGAGAUUUACAGGAACAAAGUCUAGGUUCAUCACUUUCAGACAAUGAGGAACUAAUCUGUAAACAUGAGGAACUGAUAAUACAAGCAAAGGAAUGGAAUUCUGCUGCUGAGAAGCUGAGGAGUGAUGCCCUUGGGAUUCUGCUGUCCAAGGGCUACACGGAGAAAGAGCACCUACGGCUCUCUAACCAGAAACUGCACCAGCUUCAAGGAGAAUGUCGUCAGCUCAUGGCGGAGAGGGAAACUUGGUUAAAAAAGGCAAAUGGGUUUUUUUGCAGUACGAAUAAGGCAUUUGAUGUACUUGGGAGAGUCGAAGCUUACCUUAAGCUCCUUAAAUCAGAGGGUUUAAGUCUGCCUGUCUUGGCAGCGAGGCAUGAGGAAUUACACAGAGAAAUUAAAGACUGCACAGCUGAUGCUUUGCAAAAGGGACAAGCCUUAAUCAGCCAAGUAGACUCCUGUAGCUCUCGGGUAAGCGGAGUCCACGAGAUGAUGCGAUGCAUUCAGAGACGAGUGGACCAACUGACCCAACAGUGUUCAGCGCACAAAGAAUUUGCUCUUAAGAAACAGCAGUUAAUUGCCUCGGUGGAGGGCCACCUCAAGAAGGUGGAAAUGUCAAUUCAGAAAAUCAGUCCAGUACUUUCCAAUGCAAUGGAUGUCGGUUCCAACCUUUCUGAAUCAGGGAAGAUUUUGAGUAAAUACUUGGAGCUAGAUAUGCAAGUUAAGGAGACAGCACAUGAAUUAGAAACAGCUGCAAAGCUUAUGACAGAGAAAAAUGAAUUUGAACCUGACGAAAUGGCAUUGCUUUCUUCUAAAGCUAAGUGGUUAGAGGAAGAAUUAAAAAUACUUGGCCAAAGGAUCAGCUCCAGGUCACAAGUCCUGCAGUCUUAUGUGGCAUUUCUCAAGUCCUCAGAAGAGGUACAGGAGCAGUAUCAGAGCCUAAAGGAAUUUUACCAAACUGAAAUCCUGCAGAAGGAAGAGGAUGAUGCUGAAGUCAAGCAUCGAUCAGAUUCAGCUGAGAAGCAGUGGCAGCUAUUUUUGAAGAGGAGUUUUUUAACUCAAGAUCUAGGGCUUGAGUUCCUUAAUUUAAUAAAUAUGGCAAAAAGAGAUGAAAUAUUAAACAUGAAAAGUGAAGCACACUUUAUGGAGAACACUAUGGAAAGCCAGAAGGCAGAAAGAGAAGAACUUGGCCACCUUCGGAUAACAUGGCAACUUGAGGGCAUUGCUACUCAGCCUGUGAAACAGCAGUGGGGAGCAUUCAAGGAACAACUUAGAAAGACUACUCACAACUUACAACUUCUUGAGGAAGCACUUACGCCUGUGUCUGCCCUUGACCUUGGAGGGAACCUCCAGACCAUUUUAGGGCUACAGAAAAAAUGGAACGAAAUGAAGCCUCAGCUCCAGCAACUGAAUGAUGAAGUUCGGUACCUCCUAAGAGCAUCGGAAGAGCUAAGUGGCAAAGGAGCCCCUGUGAAAGAGAAGUCCCAGCAGCUGAGGGAGCUUAUUCAUCUCCACCAAACACAGGAGGAGAGAAUCCGAGAUUACGAGGAUAUCCUGUACAAGCUGGUCUGGUUCCACCAAGUCAAGGAGAAGCUGGGUCAUCUCCACAAAUCCAGGGAAACAGAGUUUGUAGACCAGCCAGAGGAUCUGGAGGAUGCCCACGAAGCCCAAGUCCACCUCAGUCGUGCUCAGGAGAAGCAGGCACACAUCGAUCAUCUCCAUAAACUGGCCCUUUCCCUGGGAGUGGACAUCAUCUCAUCAGUGCAGCGGCCUAACUGCUCUAACGUUUCCGCAAAGAACCUGCAGCAGCAGCUGGACCUCCUCGAGGGGGACAGUGGGAACUGGCGUGCCAGAGCCCAGGAGUAUGAACGGACCCUGACCUGCAGCCUGGAAUUCUGCAACGCAAGGGACAGUAUAAACGAGCUCAAAGAGUCAUUCAAAGAUAUCAAAAAGAAAUUCAACAAUUUAAAGUUUAAUUACACUAAGAAAAAUGAAAAGGCUCGGAAUCUGAAGGCUCUUAAAUAUCAAAUUCAACAAGUUGAUGUGCAUGCUGAAAAAAUACAGGCUUUGAAAAAGAAAAUGGAAAAAGUUGAGAAUAGAACUUCUGAUUCUUUCUUGAGUUAUCCAAAUAAUAAAGUUAAUGUUCUUUUGGAAGCCAUGAAGGAUUUGCAAGAACAUGUGGAUGAGUUUGACAAAGUUGUGACAGAUUACAAGAUGACUUUGGACCUGACAGAGCACCUCCAGGAGAUGAUAGAAGAGUGUCACUUUUGGUAUGAAGAUGCAAGUGCCACAGUUGUAAGAGUUGGAAAAUAUUCCACAGAAUGCAAGACAAAGGAAGCUGUGCAAAUUCUCCACCAGCAAUUCAAUAAAUAUAUCAGGCCCUCCGUGCCUCAGCAAGAAGAAAGGAUUCAGGAGAUCAGUGACCUAGCUCAGCGCUUAUAUGGUUUUGAAGAAGGACAGAAAUAUGCUGAGAAAAUAAUGGCAAAACACAAAGAGGUUCUUGAAUCUAUCACUGAAUUAUGUGUCUCUCUCACAGAGCUUGAAGAAAAGCUGAAGCAGGGGGACAUUUUAAAGACAAAUGUGAAUUUGGAAGACCUCCAUGACGACUUCAUCGACCUGCUAAAAGAACCAGCGAGAAAUACGCAGACACUAUUCAAUGAAGAAAGGAAUAAGGUGCAGGGAGCAGGAGAUUUGGCCAUCAAUGGAACAGGAGAGGGUCAGUAUCCCCAGCACCUGAAGGAGCCGCCCUCUGACAGAGAGGCUGCUGUCCAAGGCCAGCUCUUGCCUGCAGACACGCUUUCUGGAGAAGAAUAUGAAUGUGUCUCACCUGAUGACAUCUCCUUGCCUCCACUCCCGGGAAGCCCCGAUCCCCCGCUUGGCCCGGCUGACAUGGACGUGGAGGAGCGUGCCAGCCCUUCCCUCAGCAUUCACACAAGCAGCUACAAGAUGCAGACUGGGGCCAGCAGGCCAGGGGAGGCCCAGGCCUUGGGCAUUCCACCCCCUGCUGCUUUUGCUGACACUUACAAUGAUGAGAGAGAAACUUUCUCAAGUCAUUUUGAGAGGCCUUACCCCCAGUUCAAAGCUGAGCUCCCAUUAACCUCCAGAGGAUUUCUGGAAAAAAGUACUGCCUUCUGCACAAUCAGGGCUAAACAUCCAGAGAGCAUGCCGAGUGAAGUGCAUGACAGAGCUUCACAGCAGCACCCUCAGGCUCAGGGACGUUUGCUAGAAACCCGGGAGAAAGUGCAUGUCAGUGAUAACAUCACUAAACCCCAAGACAGGCUGCAUGCUUCCCAGGAUGCAUUCCCAGGCCUUGGGUUUCUCUCAGACCCCGGACGGGCCUAUCAGAGGCAAAUGGUCCCCAAAGACGAGAUUAAAUGCACAUCAGCAAAGAACACUGUGGUCAGCCUUGCUGGCCAGGCACCUAAUUUCUCCAGACUCCUGUCUAAUGUAACUGUCACAGAAGGUUCGCCAGUGACUUUGGAAGUUGAAGUAACAGGAUUUCCAGAGCCUACUCUGACAUGGUACAAGAAGGGCCAGAAAUUGUCUGCUGAUGGGCACUUACAGGUUUUACACAAGGAGACAAGACAUUCGGUGUUCAUUCCGAAGCUUCCUAUGAUAUUUUGGGGAUUUCGAAAGAGAUAAAUUAUUUGAAGGAGAUGACACUCACCAGAGCAACGGGAUACUUGAUGUGGAACAUAAAUCAAAUUUGAUCAUUUGCUGGCCAUUGUCAUUAUCACUGGACCAAGAGAGAAAAAUUAGAAAGACAUUGUAAUUAGAGAACUGUAGAGCUGAGCUUUCUCCAACAAUAAUGAUUUUAAUAUUAGAAGAAAAUCAAAUCCCAGAGUGGACGAUUUAUUGGCUGGUACUCUGCUACACUGCAAGAAUGAAUGUACCUUUCAUGAAUUAGUACUUCCUACAAGCAAGAAUGAACUUAUGUUGCUAGUCUUAGAUUUUUUUGAUAGAAACCAGAACUAAAAUAUGUCAGACAUUGUAUUGUACUUUCAAAGUAAUCAGUGCCAUGAAGUUAUAUCUUGUUCCAUUAAUUAAUUGAAGGGUAGAAUACAAAUGACUACUUUGACACCUCCAUUUAAUUGGGAACUUCAAUGAAACUAAUCAUUCUGUAUUUUCUAAAUGUUAGCUAGAAGUGCUUUCUUUAUUUCCCUAUUCUUGAAGGCGAUUUUUGGUCACAUGCAUCAUUCGUCUAAAAUAGAAUGGUUUAUUCUUUACCACUUAAAAGAAAGCUAACUGAUGCACCACAAAGUCAAGUACUGAACAUGUAUUUUAUCAAAAGCUUUGUAAAGAUAACUGUAUAAACAAUGAAGUACUGUUAAGAUCCCAUCCAGGACUUAGAAAUACAUAUGCAAGGAGAGUACUCAUUGUAGUUUCUGUUCAAACCUACAGCAACAUAAUAUGAAUUUGAACAAAUAUUAAUUUACUAUUACAAUUAAAAAUGGACCAUAACAAGUGUACAUGAGCAAGUUAGGACCACAAUCUCAGAUAAAGGGCCUAGUUUUCUUGGGACAUGAGUCCCAUUCCCUGCUUUCACAUCUAACCCAUCAGCCAGUUAGAGGAACGAUGCUAUCUCACAGGGAGUGUUAGAAUGCGAAAAAUCUAUAGUUUCUUUAAAUGUGAGAAAUUGUCACUAGUUGUUUUAACCAUAGUUAUAUAGCAUGGAAUAUCACCUGUCAUUAGAAUCAUUAUGAAUUAAUAAAAACCAUUUCAAGUGUUUUGGAUCUUGGUGAUACAAAUGGGGUGUGUGUGUGUGUGUGUGUGUGUGUGUGUGUGUGUGUGUGUAUACCUGUUUGUUAGUAUGAGUUCUUAUCUGUAUGAAUUAGGUAAUAUAUAAAGUGCCCAGGUGAUGUAUGAUGCAUUGAGUUUGGAGAAACACUUGAUGGGACCAGUUCUAUGAGCAACUGAUGACCAAGAGUUAAUGAAGAAACAGACUUUUCUUAUUUUAGCAUGGUGUAAUACAGACAUGUAUUUAUACUACAUCCUACAAGAUAAAUACUCAGCCAAAUUCCAGUUUUAUAAAUGUAUAAUUAAAAACCAGUAUAUUUCAAACAGAAUUCCCAAAUAGCAGAUCAAAAUAGGAAAAUACAAUUCCAAUCUAUAUACACAUAUAUCAACUUCAAAUACAAAUCCAUUUAUAUUCCUUAUAGAUAGCAAUCCUAAAGGAGUUAUUCUAAAAUAGAACUUAGAGGUUACUUUUAUUUUAAUGUAGUAUCAUAAAUCAUGAUCAAGAAGCUGCUGUUGUUUUUUUUUAAAUCCAUUGGCUAUUGUAUUUGAAUUUUCCAUAUGAAGUACUAAAUGUGGUUUUUAAAGGCGAAUUUCUCUAGCUCAUUUCUUAAAGUUAUUAAAGCAUGUAUGAUUACUUCAAGAACAAAUGUUUUGUGUGUUCAUUUCUUUUCUACUGCUAAUGGUUUAUGCAUGUGGAUAAUGAAAUGUAUAUUAUGUCUACUAAGUACCUAGAAACAGCAUAAUUUACUUACCUCUUUCUUUGCUCUACUGGGAGCUUCUUAAACUGUAAUUCUUUGUACAUUAAACAUUAAAUCUUUGUAAAAGUAAUACAUUUAAUCUGAUUAGUUCUUUCAGCCUCUUGCAGAUAAGGGGUAUUUAUUCUUGUAUAAAUAUUGACUCACAAAUGCUCUUAAUAAAUGCAACUGCUCAAUUCAAGAGGAAAAAUCAUGGUGUUUAAUAUUUGAUAAGAAAUAUACUCCUAUUUAACAUUCCAUUGUAGAAUAGUGAUCUGUUUUAUAACUGGACAGUAAUCAAAGUAAGUGAAGACAGUUUUCUGAUUUCAAAUUUACUGAUUCCUCACAGGAAACUACUCUGAGAGUGGUAGAGUCCUGUUUGAAAAUGAAUUCAAGUUUAGGCAUCACAUGUUUAGUCACAUAGUUUUGAUGAUGUGUGGGAUUUAGGCAACGCCACCAAGAACUCUGCAAAACAGGUACCUGGAGAAUAGCAAACUUGUGUGUUCCAAACCCACUGUGCUGCCCCACUUAAUCUCGUAGGGCCACAGCAGGCCACGCAUAUUAUAAAGUGAUUUUCUGUUUGAAAAUAUGCCAAAGGUUUGAAAGGUCCCCCAAUAAUGGGUCCAUGAUUAAAGGAGCGAGAC